GAGACGCAGGGCUCCGAACGUCAAAGCCCUGCGUCCUCCGGCACUCAGAGCGGUGGAAAGGCGCGCUCGGUGGUGGCUGCGGCAGCGAUAGCAGGCCCAGCUGGACCGACACCAGGCAGUGCGAAGCUGACGUGCAAAGCAGCGCGAGUGAAGCGUGAGGGCGACGCCCGCGCCGGGAAGACCCCUCCGCGCGAACCGCGGCCGACCAGACCCGGGUCCCGGCUUCCGAGGCCCCGCCUUUCGGGCCUUGGGACUAAUCGGAUUGAGAGCGCGCCGGCCCGGACCGCGAACUCGCCAAUUGCGUAAGGCGUCAGCUACCGCCCAAUCCGGAGCAGACAGGUGCGAGGUCCGAAAGGCGGAGACCAAUCAGCAGCGGUUGCGGCCUGUUGGGGUCGGUCUCGGCCAAUGAGGAGGCCCGAGUGACGUCCUGGCGCACCAAUCGGGAGUGAGAGAGCAUUGGUGCUCGCCCGCCCUUCCGGCCUGAGCUCUAUUUAGCAGGGGCGUGCGGCCGGUUUACCAAUCAGAGCGCGGCUGAGCGGCCAAGCAGCCAACCCCGGAGGAGCGGCCGGCCGGCGUCCGCCGCACCCAAGAGUUGGGGAUGUCCUACAAACCCAUCGCCCCCGCCCCUAGCAGCACCCCCGGCUCCAGCACCCCUGGGCCCGGUACCCCGGUACCUACAGGUGAGGAUCCAGCUCUACCCCUGCUCGUCUGCCCGGGUGGUCGAGGUCUCGAAGAGAAGACGGCCUGAGUUCUGCAACACUGGGCCUGCCGCCUACCCUCGCUGAGCCUCAGUUUGCUGGCCUGUGAAGUGGGCGUGGUCAUCCGGAAGUGUCCCAUCGCCAUCGGGCUCGGUGCCGGGAGCCGCUGCCCCUUUCAGACCCCUGUUUAACGACUUUGGACCGCCCUCCAUGGGCUAUGUGCAGGCAAUGAAGCCACCCGGAGCCCAGGGUUCUCAGAGCACCUACACGGACCUGCUAUCGGUCAUAGAGGAGAUGGGCAAAGAGAUCCGGCCUACCUAUGCUGGCAGCAAGAGCGCCAUGGAGCGCCUGAAGAGAGGCAUCAUCCAUGCCCGGGCCCUAGUCAGAGAAUGCCUGGCAGAGACAGAGCGGAACGCCCGCACGUAACAGGACGCAACUCCGCCACCGAGUCUGGACCUUUCCUGGCCACUGCAGAGCACCUGCUUCUCCCUGGCCUUCACCCCGAGUUGCACUUCCCAACCUGGGCUUCCUGUCCUGUGUCCCUUGGUGGGUGCCCUCCAGGAACCAGGGGGGCUCUCACUUCAGUCGACAGCACUGACUGGGACUCUUUCGAGAGUUAGUAGCGAGGUCGCUGUGAGUCCCACCCAUGACCUGCCAACAGUGUUGAUCCAACUGGAGCUUGCUCCUUUCUGUGGCCCCCACCACUCAGCACUUACCCAGGACUUUUCACCACUUUUCCCAGACUCCUCCCCUAGCAGGGCCUCCGAAGGCCUGUCACCUCCCUGCCUUGUCUCCUGGGCCAUAGCGACUCUUUUUUCAGUGUCUUUUGCUAAAUAUGCCCUUUUUGUAUAAAUAAAAGAUAAUUUGGAGUUGUUCUCUCA